CCGAUGCAAUCUCGUAAAGCUGAAGAUCAGUAUUAUAAUUAAUUUUAUACACUCAGACGUUUUCCAUACACACCUCCCUCCUACGCGCUUUUGUGAAAAUAAUUUUCUACUUAUACUGCUUCUUCUAAUUUAAUCUUUUUGCCCGACCUUCAAAAACAGAUUCUAUCAGUAGUCUGUGCAGCUUUACGCGUGAUGUUUUGAGCGGAACCAUUAAAGUAGUACUACUGUAAUUCCGUAUUGUUGCAUUUGUCAGCGUACGCAAUUCUUCAGGGGUCAUCUUCAUGCUUGUAGUACAUACAUUGAAAUUUAAGGGAACUGCUCGAACAUCAUUAAAAAUGGGACUACGAUUACGUUUUCUGCAAACUAUAUUUCUCGGAAGUGUUCUUAUUUGCUUGGAUGCUGCUUUGGGAGACAACAUCAGCUUUGGCAUGCCGAAAUUUUGCCCACUGAACUGGACAAAGCGGAACAACAGCUGUUACAUGACCGGCGAGCGCUUCAACGGGGUAACGUGGUACGAAGCAGCGGCAUUUUGCCAGUCGUUUGGGGCCCAUCUCGUGGAAAUCAAUGAUAAAGCGGAACUCGCUUUUAUAGAUACCGCUGCGCAACAGGUGAGUUGGGUGGAUGGACCUUGGAUAGGAAUGUUACGCCCCUUUGGUGACGAGUUCUGGAUUCUGCCAUCCAUACGGACGGAAACUCAGGAUGUGGAUUUGAACAAAAUGUUCGGGGAAAUUGCGAAAGAUAGUUCCCAUGAUUGUGGCGGUUAUAAUCGGCGCGGCAAGGAUUUUGGAUUCUGGCGUUGCCGCCGCGGCGGAAGCCCGUGGUGCGAACUGGAGUUGGCCACCGAUCAGCAGAAUAAAUGAUGUAGUGUAUAUCGAUAGCAUAUCGGGGCUUUGUAGAUUGAGAUAAUAUGUAUUAGCAGGCGUUUUAAUCUGUGCAGGUUAAAUGGACAAAUUUAGAAAAAAUCCGAGUCAAUUUCGGGUCCACUUUUAUAAAAAAAUCUGCAUAUAAAAAAACAAGGAACAGCUGCAUACAAGAACUAUCCCAGUGAACGUAGCUUUCAGAUACUUAUUUGAAAUUGUUAAUGUUGGAAGAUAGGUCACAGAUGGAGGUAUUUGUUACAAUAAACCAGAAACAGGAAAUACGCCGCUAACUUGAGCAUUAACAAUAAACUGUCUGAUUAAUUGACCACAGUCCUUUGUACUAAAUAGCGCAUUGAACGCAAAUUUACUCCUUUAGCUGCACAAUGCAUGCAGUACGUCGUAAGUUACUUUGGACGAUUGUGUUUUCUGUGCAUACAUACUGUACACUUGUGACUUGAUUACAAUACUGUUAUUAACAAAUAAUAUAGAUAUACCGUAUUAGAAUGAAUUGUACGGUUCCAACAGCACCAAGUGUAUGGCCAUAAUUUGUACUUUACUGCUCGAGUUGCGUAAAAAAAAUCCCAAAACUUCUAGUACAGCGCAGUUUAUUAAAUGUUUAAUAGAAGAACUCAAGCAACGGAUAUCUUUGCCAGUUUUUGAUUUACUUUGCUUUAAUCUGAUUGCUGAAAUAAUACAAAAUGGAAGCUUCAAACCAGACCUGAGAGUGCCGGCACUGAUCUCGAAAGCUAUGUGUUUGCACUAAUUCGGUUAUGAUCGUCUUCCAAUCUUUUGCGCAAAAGCACGAUAUAAAUUUUUUCAAUGAAAUUCACUGAAUGUACCAAAGCAACAGGCGCUGUCAUUUUCGCGCUCACCGGCACGUACUGUGCUCAUCCCAAGCCGCAAAAACAUUGUGGCGUUAACGUUAAUAAUUCCGCUCUCAAAGUUUGCAAAAACAAAUGCAAAAGUUUUACGAGCAUUUAAACUAACGAAUAAUGGGCACCUCGGACGGGAACAAACUGGAGAACGAAGAUCCGUCAAAGGGCACUACGCCCGCGGGAAUGGGACCACCGGGUCCACUACUCGAGGACGUCCGCAAAGGUCGCGAACGCACCAUAAUCACACCGGAACCGAGCGGGCUGAUUCCCGGUGGGAAGGGUGAUCGCAUUUCCGAUCCCGGAUUAGACGACGUGGCGGAGAUGGGCGGUGCGGCAUCUCCGUUAAAGGCGCUGGGGAACGCCCCAAAGGGCAAAUGGAUCACCUGCACGCGCACCGGCAUGGGGAUCAGCUGGGCGGCUGAGCUGAGGAUGGCGCUCAUUUUGUGAGUGCAUUUAAUCUUGGUAGUUUUGGUUUUGUUAGAGGUGGGCUUUUCUUUCCAAAUGAGAUUAUUCCAGAAUGUACCGUCUAAACCGUCCGUGGAACUGUCCGACCGGACGAAGCCGCACAUUCCCAAUUGAUAAUUCUGAAUAACGAAUUUGAUGGAAUUGGGCGUAAAUUCUUGAGGAUCACAAGCUGAAAUUCAUAUUUAAACUUCAAAGAUCAGCAUAAGUAAACCUAACUUCGCAAGGGGAUAGUUACAUGUAACGGAACUUUUUUUGCCACUUUAUAUAUUGCUUACUUCGGUCAGCAUUCUUUAGUUGCACGUUAUACAGCGGUCUUGAGACAAAGAUCUCCACGGUAAUUUGAACUGGAUCAAGUGUGCAUUUGAUAUUUAGCGGCUCUACAAUAAAAUUAAAAACAGCUCAGUAUAGUCUACGGCUAAGGCACAUAAAAAGUUGUGCAUGUGAUAAAAUACUAAGUUGCACAUUAUAUCCGUAUGUUAUUAUCUAUGCACUUUAAAUUACGUUUUUAUGCAUGUAUUUCGAUUCCAAAGCAUACUUUUGUCUAAAACUCUUACUGUAACAGCCAUAAUUAUAUAUAUAUGCACAUACAUGCUGCUCACCCUUGCAGAACACAAAUGUUUUAAUAAUUCCAAUAAAUAUAAUCGAAGCGAUCCGGAGAAGCAUUGCGGAGAUUUUUAUCUUAAUACUUGAAAGAAAGCGUAAUUUACAGAUUAUGUAAAGGACAUAGAAAGCAAAACGCUUUUUGUUUUAACGGCUAGUCCGAGCAGGCAGAUGGAGAUGCGCAGAGAUUCAGCUGCAUUAGCCAAUUGACGGUUUGCUGCAAAUGGUGUUGCACUAGCCGGAAGCAUAUGAUUAUUCCAACUAUUGUGCAGGCGGUAAUGUAAUGUGUGUUUUUGUUGUCAGUCAAAAUUUGCUGGCGACUGAAUUGUCCAUUCGGCGUUGAUGCCGUUCGCGAACUCAAUAAGUACUUUUUUCUCGCGUACAGAUACACGCCAUCUGUAACUCGAUGCCGCCAUUAAUGGACGAAGCGUGGUUCCAGGUGAGCAGUUUAUAACUUGCAUAAAAGCCAAUCUGUGACGCCGCGGCCACUUGUGCUGUUAUUGUUAUGACCACAAAAGAUGAGCCGGCCCCUCACACUAAUAAUAUUUUCACUCGACAUCAUGUACGGUCUAAAAAGCUAGAAAAACAACAUUUGUUACAGUAACAUGAUUUUUAUGGCAUUCCAACUAAAACGCUUACUUGCGAAAUUUUGAAUAUUACACACC